CACUUUCCAGCCUGGUACUUGGAAAAGUCUAUAUGAGACCAUUCUUCCAAUAAUGAAAGGCGGAAAAUAUCUUCUUCCCUGUCUUCUACUCCAUGGCCUUUUCUUGGCUCUGCUUACUAGCAGGGCAGCAUCUCAUUCUCAAUCCAAUACCAAUAGAAAGAGCUAUAUUGUGUACAUGGGAGACCGGCCUAGUGGUGGAACUUCCACUUCCUUGCUUCAUAGCAGCAUGCUACAAGAUGUCUGUAGCAGUGAUGUUAUUGACAAGUCAGUGCUCUACAGCUACAAAAGGAGUUUUAAUGGAUUUGCGGUGGAGCUAACGGAGGAAGAGGCACGAAAAAUGGCUGGGAUGAAUGGUGUAGUAUCUGUGUUUCCAAAUGAAAAGAAAAACCUCCAUACUACAAGAUCAUGGGACUUCAUGGGCUUCUCCCAACAAGUUGAAAGAGCAGCUCUGGAAAGUGAUGUUAUCAUUGGGGUUUUAGACACCGGGAUUUGGCCUGAAUCUGAAAGUUUUAAUGACCAAGGACUUGGUCCACCUCCCAAGAAAUGGAAAGGCAGUUGCCAAACUGCAGGUGGCAAUUUCACUUGCAACAAUAAGAUCAUAGGUGGACAAUAUUACCGCAGUGUUGGAUUCUUUGGCCCAAAUGACAUCAAUUCUCCGAGAGACUCUGACGGCCAUGGGACUCAUACUGCAUCAACAGCAGCUGGGAAGUUAGUUGACAGGGCAAGCCUGCUUGGUUUUGGCUCAGGAACAGCUCGAGGAGGGGUCCCAUCUGCACGUAUAGCUGCUUACAAAAUUUGUUGGUCAGAUGGUUGUAAGGAUGCUGAUAUUCUUGCAGCAUUUGAUGAUGCAAUUGCAGAUGGGGUUGACAUAAUUUCUAUUUCAGUUGGAGGACAUAGUCCUGAAGACUACUUCAAAGAUUCUAUUUCAAUCGGAGCCUUUCAUGCCAUGAAAAAUGGUGUAUUGACGGUAACCUCUGCAGGUAAUGAUGGUCCCGAUCGUUCAACCAUCUCAAAUUUUUCACCAUGGUCCCUUGCUGCGGCUGCUAGCAUGAUAGACCGCAAGUUUUUCACAAAGGUGCAGCUUGGCAACAGUGAGAUUUAUGAGGGGGUAUCGAUAAAUACCUUUGAUCUCCAGAAUAAAAUGUACCCUAUGAUUUAUGGUGGAGAUGCAGCCAGUUCUAAUGCAACAAGGUCUUUAUCCAGGUAUUGCUAUCAGAAUUCACUGGAUCAAAAUUUGGUAAAGGGUAAGAUUGUUCUUUGUGAUGCACUAAGCCAGGGAAGGGGACCUUUUUCCGCUGGUGCAGUUGGUACAGUGAUGCGAGACCAGCUUCCAAAUGACUAUACUCUCUCGUUUCCUUUACCUGCAUCUUACCUUGAUCUGGUUGAUGGCAGCAAGAUUUUUGCAUAUAUAAACUCGACAAGUACCCCUACUGCAACUAUAUUUAAGAGUAAUGAAGCUAAUGACUCUCUGGCUCCUUAUGUAGUCUCUUUCUCAUCAAGGGGUCCGAAUCCAAUUACACCUGACAUACUCAAGCCAGAUUUAUCUGCACCAGGAGUCCACGUUCUAGCUGCAUGGUCCUUAAUUUCCCCAGUUUCUGAAAUUAAAGGUGAUAACAGAUUCGAGCCAUUCAACAUAAUCUCAGGAACAUCAAUGGCUUGCCCCCAUGUUUCUGCAGCAGCUGCCUACGUUAAAUCAUUUCAUCCCACAUGGUCUCCUGCUGCUAUCAAAUCUGCCCUUAUGACCACCGCCUUCCCUAUGAGUUCCGGUAUUAACUUGGAUGCUGAAUUUGCAUACGGCUCAGGCAAUCUGAAUCCUAUCAAGGCCGUCAAUCCUGGUCUAGUAUAUGAUUCUGAGGAAGUUGACUACAUAAAAUUUUUAUGCGGACAAGGAUAUAGCACUCGGUUUCUACAACUAGUCACUAGGGAUGAUGCUACUUGUUCUGAAGCUACCAGUGGAACAGUUUGGGAUCUAAACUAUCCUUCGUUUGCACUUUUUACCUCACCCUUGAAACCAGUUAGCCGCACCUUCAACAGGACUGUCACAAAUGUGGGAUCCCCAUCGUCUACAUAUACAGCAACAUUGACCGCUCCAGCAGGAGCACUUAAGAUACAAGUUAAUCCUAAUGUUCUGUCAUUCACAUCUCUCGGGCAAAAGCUAUCUUUUGAACUAACAAUUGAAGGAACAACAGAAAAAUCUAUAGUUUCUGCUUCUUUGGAAUGGGAUGAUGGCGUACAAAAAGUGAGGAGUCCCAUCAUUGUAUUUAUUUGAAUAUCAUAAUAUCUUAUAAAUAACUUUACUUUGUAUUUACCCUCAUCAAUGCAGUAAACUCAUAUGAGUCUGUCACCA